CAAAAAUCGAUUCGCGCGUGUCAAAUCAUUACCCAGUCAUUUUUCAUGUAACAAAAUUCCCAGUGUCGAUUCUUCAACAUGACCACCGAAAAUACCAACAAAGAUCUAUCGAAUACAGUCAACAGGCAACUAUUGGAAAAUCAGUCGUUUUUGUACGCGGAAAAUCAAAAGCUGCAGCAAAAUGUAACGCACUUGUCCAAGCAUUUGGAAGAGUUGCGCCAGAGUACCAUGGACCCGAAAAUAAUGGAUCAUUUAGUCAAAGAGAAGAACCAUUUAUUUUCGUUGAACGAAACUUUAAAACGGAAAAUUCAUCUAAUGAAAUCGGUCGUGCCGGGAUUGAGUGCAGAAGAUAUUGAAAAACAAAAACGCGAAAAACAGGAAAUAACGAAAUCGAUCGAAGAACUUGAUGUGAUUUUGAGAAAAAUUAACGACAGGCCCGAAACUUUUGAUUUAAAAUUGCCUAAAGAAAGUGUCGUAGGAGAAUUGUGUCGAACUUUGACUGACAGAUUAGAUGACGAACAACUAAGAUCAGAUCAAGCGAUUGAAACUAUAAGAAGACUCAGAGAUGACGAUGAAAAAUUAAUUUUAAAAGAUAAAGUUGCCGACAUGAAACAUCUUAUUACUGACCUAGAGGUAGAUAAUACUAAAUUGAAAUUUGAAGUUGAACAAAUGACCGAAGAAGUAGAAAGGCAUAAGAACGAUGCUGAUGAAUCAUUUAAAGCCUUGACAAGCCUAAAAAAAGAAAAAUAUUCUCUCGAAGACCAAAUGGAUGAGCUGAAACAAAAAAUCUCAGAUUUGGAAAAUGAAAAACUAGAACUAAAAAAAGACAUGAUUGAAGAACUAACUGAAGCAAAUAGAGCUAAAAGAGUUUCAGCCGAUACCGAAAUGGCGCUGCAGCACAUUUCCGAAGCGUACGAAAAUAAACGAAGAGAAGUCGCUAAAAUUCAAAAACAAUUAGAAGAAGCCAACGGUAUUAUUUAUGCUUUCAGAGAACAAUUUGAUAAACCCAUAAAAUAAAUAAAAGUCUUAAAAAUGCAUUCAUUUAGGUACAAUUUACUUUUUGGGGGGCGACAAAAAUUACAACUAAAUAUAUAAAAUAAUAACUAAAAUACAUAAAAGAGAAAGAAAAGGUAUAUAAAGAAAAAAAAAACAUACAUACUAAAACUACCAUCAGUAUUAUGAAUAUAACAAAAAUAUGGCUUAGAACAAUUUGAAGUUUUGUUUAAGAUUAACAGUGUAAACCUACUCAUAAAUUGGAUGGUGGCUCUUAUCCAAUUUGGUUUACAUUUUACUCCUUCGAAUCAAAAUAAUUAUUUGUUUUUUUCGUAAGAGUAACCAAAAUGCUUUAAACCUGUCAAGUAUUACCAAUUUCAUGUCAAUUCUCAAUUUAACUGAACUAUCGAGCACGUUUACAUCGCAUGCGUUCGAGUCGCUUAUUACAAAAAGCUAUAAAAAAUAAAUAAUCCAUUUCCAAACAAAAUUUCAUUCGUCCUCGCCUUCAGGUAUAGUAGGAGGUAUAAAAAUGGGCCCGCUUUGAUUUGGCAGGGCCACAAAAUUUCGAUUUCCGCUAGCUCCACUAUCCGCUGCCUUGUUGUGAGUUUCAGCAUCUUCAAAAUCCUCUUCUUCUAUGGAAGAAUUCUGAUCGAAAUGUCGUUCUAGUUGCAUUAAACGCAUCUGAAAGUAGCGUUUUUCUUCGUUGAUGCACGCGAGAUCUUUUUCUUGUUCAGCUAUCACUUGUCUGAGGUCUGAGAUUAUCGUAAGAUCUUCCUGACGCGAUUCGCGACGUUCGUAACGUUGACGAACCUCCUCGAAU